AUGCCGGCACUCGGUGAUCUACCAAGUUCGCUCCGUGCAAAAAUAGAUGCACAACUUCGGAAACACGAAUGGAGGGGAGAAGAAGAAGCGCAAGAAAUAUUCUUAGUUGAUAUCUGGCCAGAACUCGAGAAUGAUUAUGAGACCAUGGUCGACAAGGUGAGAACAAAAUACGACAAGCUUCUCAAAUCGGAAAAGAUUGAUGGCAUGAUCGAAGGACGUGUGAAGUCCAGUGAUUCUAUCAGGAAAUCGAUGAGCCGCCGAAAAAAGCAAAGGAAAGACGACUGGGACGGCUUCAGAGAAAUGAUGGAUGAAGUGCAUGACCUCGCAGCUAUUCGCAUAAUAGUUGACUAUCCGCAUGAUCUCACCAAAAUCUCUCACAUUAUCACCAACUCCAAGACACUAUGUCCCAAGGCCAUUCCAAAUAUUUUCCUGGCAGACCGCCCAGUUGGCACCUAUUGGGCGGCUUGGUUCGGGGCAUACGAAUGUGAGAAUCAUCAUGUUGAAGCACACUACCUUGGUGAUGACCCAGUCCGAUAUUACAACGAAGUUAUCUUUGAGAUCCAAAUCACAUGCCUCCCAGCUCACUUACAUAACAAAAUUGCCCAUUCCCUACACUACAAGGGACAAGGCGGAAGCCUUUCACGCGGAGACGAAAUAGUCAUUGAUCUAACUCGAGGUCUUGGGCUAUGUUAUUCGCUAUGCCUCUAUUACAAGUCUGAAAGGCUACAUUCAGAUAGGUUCCGGUUAACCAACACGCCGGGAUCAAUUUUUGACCAACAGGGCCUCGGAACCGGCUUCGGAGUUAUGCCAAUGAAGUUUCCUAACAUUCCUGGAUUGAAGGCUCCCGAUGUCAAAGAGCUUCCUUCACAGCUCUUUCAAGAGGCUAUUAAGAACUCCUCCGCCAAGUCAGGACAAGAAAAGUCGGGUUCGAUAUUGGAUUCUCUUGUCAGCGAGCUCAGUCGUUCAAUCACCAAUCGACAACUCGAAAACAGAGUUAUCUCGAAGUUACCAUUUGAAAGAAUGGGAGACCGGGAAGGGAAUAUUGAACAUGCUAUGAAAAGUACCUGUUCCUGGCUUCUCGACAAUCCCAUGUACCGAGACUGGCGAACGGUAGAGGCCAGCGCUGAAACUCGUCCCUUCUUCUGGAUCAAAGGGAAGGCUGGUUCGGGGACAUCUCAAAACGACAAUGUAAUUUCAUUUUUCUUCAGUGCUCGGGGUGAAGAAAGAACAACUAAGGAGCUCUAUCGCUCAAUCCUGCACGACCUAUUCUUAUCAGAACCUGUCCUGAAAAAGAACAUCGGCAGCCUCAGGUCCCAGGAUCUGAAAAGAAUUGAUCAAUCGGGAUGGGAGAUGAAAGAUCUGAGAGAGGUUCUCUCACGUUCGCUUACUAGCCGACAGGCAAAGGGUCGCCUGUAUCUCCUUAUCGACGCUUUGGAUGAGUGCGACGAAGGCGAGAUACGAGUCAUGUUUACAUUCUUUGAGGAUCAUAAAUCAGACACAUUUCGUAUGUGUCUUGCAAGCCGUCCUUAUCCCCUGAUUGGCCUGGCCGGCUGUCACGACCUUGUGUUAGAAGGCAGUAACCACACUGAAGACAUCAAGGCUUAUAUACACAAUCGGCUCAAGAUAUUCGAUAUUCCAGAUGCCGAAGCACAGUCAGUCAAAGACGAGAUUCUAAAGAAGUGUUCUGGAAUGUUCCUCUGGGUGGUUUUGGUUAUACCCCUGCUUCAGAAGGCAACAGAUAGAGGUGACGGCGAUUCGGUAAUCUCAUUGAUGGAAACGCUCAAACGGACUCCUAGUGGCUUGGAUAUUCUCUUCGGAGACAUACUUCACAGAGAUGGCCAGAUCCUUCCAAAAUUAUGCUUGGCCUUCCAAUGGAUACUAUUUGCUGAAACGCCCCUGGAACCACAGGAGUUACGAGCCGCUAUUCAUUUCAGUCAAGGCAAAGAACCUCGAAACGCCAGCCCUGAGGUUCUGAAAAAAUUUGUCUUGGACACAUCGAAAGGCCUAGCAGAGAUCACAAAGUCGUCGCCACCUAUAGUGCAGUUUAUUCAUGAAUCUGUCCGAGAGUUUCUUCUCAGAAAUCACCAACUGUAUACUCAAGGAUUGAAAGGCAGCUUUCAGGGCCAAAGCCAUGACAUUCUAGCAAACAUCUGUUUAUCACGAAUUCGGGCACCACAUCAAACUGUCAAGGAUUUAACAGAUAUUCCACUAUUAGGAUACGCCAAGGAAUUUGUUUUUCAUCAUUCCAAUCUUGCACAGCACUUCGGCGUGAGACAAGACAAAUUCUUAUCAGAGUUCCCCUUACGACUCUGGAUAGAGAAGACAACCUCUGCACCAGACACUACCCUCCUCUAUGUUCUUGCAGAACAUGGAGCUGAAUAUCUCAUUUCUAUCCAUCCUGACAGAGCUUGUCACCUCAGGUUGAAAGGUGGCACGUUUUCUUAUCCUUUGUUUGCAGCAGCACAAAAGAGCCGAUUCGUCUUCCAAUCAGUUGCGGCAGAUAGGAGCCUUAUCAGAUUUCAAUCAGUCAGUGCCCUCGUUGGUGUUAGCUCAGCCGAGGGAUCUGAUUUGAGGCAAUAUUUUGACAAUAUGUCAAGAGAAGGAGAAUAUUUCUACAAUGACGGACUUUGUUGCCCCAUCGUGUACUUGAUCAGAUUCGCACCAUAUCCACUACUUCGUCACAUUCUGGAGACACAUCAAUACGAAGCCCCUUGCUCUAAGCACGGCCUGGACACUGGUCUCUUUGUCCGCAAGAUAAGCCAGGAGGCGAUAAUAGAUCUCUGUUUUGAAUUCGCAGCAAAGCUCAACUUCUUCGGAAGGCACUUGCGUUUUAACACUGCUCACGACCUAAACCCGACACCGAAGACACGGGAACGCUCCUUCUGGCAAACCUUUGAUGAUGCUAACGGACACAGUGAUUUGAUAGAGGCAGGUGGUUAUACUACAGGACAAAACCCGGAACCUGGGUUUUCGGAAAACCCUCAACAGUCACUCGAUUGUUCUUACGAUCUAUUGCAUGGGAUUUUCUGGGGGGGUGUAUCGUCCGGGCCGACCAAUAGCUUUCAGCGCCGUAUCCUAGACGCCAGAGGCCUGGAACAUUUUCAGCGAGCGACCGACCGCUGCCCUGAGAUAUUGUACAUCCAUCUAGAGCCCAACGUGACACUUCUCGAUCUCAUAAUCGAAAAGGAGUUCCCCACAGUGAUCCAACUUACCAUCUCGAUGAUCAUUGAGACAAAGGAUGACCGCGGAGCAAUGCGUGCUGCGAUUUCUGCUGUGACUGCUCGGACUUUUAGUUUCAAAAGCAGGUGCAAUAUUAUCCGCCAACUCGUCGAUGCAUCAUUCAACCUUGAUCUUCAAAUACUCUUACAACACGCGAGUCAACCCUUACAUGGUCUCGCGAAGACUCACAUGGCCGAUUGGAGAAUGAUGGAAUUCUUUGUCAAUGGCUUCGAAGUCCUUGAGAUUGAUUCGAAAUUCAACGAGGAACAAACAAUUCUCAACAGCCUUGCUAAAGGAAAAGGAACUCGUGAUCCUGGCACCAUCGCACAACUGAUGAAAUAUGGAGUAAACAUCUGCGACAUUAAUGGAAACGGAUCAACUAUCCUACACAUGCUCACGGACACAGAGCUACUUGCUCACAUACUUGCCACGUAUAAUAUCGAUAUCAAUGCGAAGGAUAGGAUGGGUAAUACAGCAAUAUUAGUUGCCGCCGAUGUUAAAGCAUUCGAUCGUGUCGCUGUGUUUCUUAAUGCUGGAGCAGAUGUCAACGUUAUUGGCAACAAUGGGUCUACGCUCCUUCAUCACUGUGUCGAAAACGAAGGGAUUAUUAGUCGGAUACUUGGCAAAAGCAAAGACCACGUAAACGCUAUAAAUCAAUUCGGUUACGGAGUAUUAUACGCAGCAAUCGAAGCAAAAGCAUGGGGUACGGCCAAACGGCUUCUCAAUGGUGGUGCACGUCCAGAUAUCACAGACUUGGUUGUAGCAAUCAUGGUCGAAGCCUACGAAUGCAUCGAGGCUCUCCUUAGAAGCAGUGAACACUUAAACAAAGCAAUGCUGCUUAGACACACCAUCUACUAUGAGAAAGAAAAAAUGUUUGACAUUUUUCUUGCCGAUGAUAUAUUGGCAGGACCUACGGAGAAGGAGUGGAGCGAACUUCUGAAAAUUGUGGUAAACGAAGGCAAGGUUUGGUUUGUGAAGAGAAUAGUGAGCCAUCACGAAAUCACGAUUGAUCCGACUUAG